UGAUGCUCCAACCACCAGAUGAGCCCUGACGCGUGUGUCCGAACCCGAUCAGAAAACCCCUCUCCAAAACUUACUCCACAAGUACCAUCCCUCUGCGCCAUGGAGCGUGCGUUACCCACCCAGCAGAAGGACGCCGAGGCAACCGGUGAGCUGAACGGACUGUUCGACGCGAUGAUGAGGAAACCCGGGGGUCGACCGGGACAGGCUCCUCCAGCCCAGACCCCUGCAGAGUCCACCCCGCAGCAGACCUCCUCGUCCUCCUCCUGCUCCGUCACCGAGAGCUGGAGAGAGGUUCGCACCCGGAGCGUAGAGGACAACGAAAUGAGUUUGCCCAGCCUGGCCACAGCCUACACGUCCAUCCUCAGAGGACUCGGCGAGGACCCUCAGAGACAGGGGCUGCUCAAGACCCCCCGGAGAGCCGCCACGGCCAUGCAGUUCUUCACCAAGGGCUACCAGGAGAAGAUCAUUGAUGUCAUGAACGACGCCAUCUUCGAUGAAGACCACGAUGAGAUGGUGAUCGUGAAAGACAUCGACAUGUUCUCCAUGUGCGAGCACCACCUGGUGCCCAUAUUUGGCAGGGUCCACAUCGGGUACCUGCCCGACAAGAGGGUUCUGGGCCUCAGCAAACUGGCCAGGAUUGUUGAAAUCUACAGUCGUCGACUGCAAGUGCAAGAGCGCCUGACCAAACAGAUCGCCGUGGCGAUCACUGAAGCUCUGAAACCCGCCGGGGUCGGGGUGGUGAUCGAGGCUACUCACAUGUGCAUGGUGAUGCGCGGCGUGCAGAAGAUGAACAGUAAGACGGUGACCAGCACCAUGUUGGGGGUCUUCAGGGAGGACCCCAAGACACGCGACGAGUUCCUCACGCUCAUCCGGGGCUGAGAUGAGGCCCCCCGCAGCCCCUCCACCGCCGUUGACCUUCUCCCUCCUCCUCCUUCUCCUCCUCUUUGCAAAGAGACUCUCUGUUUCCUCCCUGGUUCCUCUGUGUCUGGGCUGGCCACUUGCCAUACAUAACCUGUGUGUGUGUGUGUGUGUGUGUGUGUGUGUGGGUGUGUUGGCGCAUUUGUGUUUCUCUGUAUCAACAAAGAAUGUGUGUUUGUGUGUGUGUGCGUACAUAAUUAUGUCUAUCCAAUAUUUUGUGUGUGUGCGUGUGUGUGUCGUACGUGUGCCCAUGUUUGAGUGUGUGCACAUUUGUGUCACUCUAUAUCAAAAACAAGUCAUCUUUAAAUGCCACACGCAAAGUGGUUCAUAUGUCAACUUUAUGAAUUCCCCUUUUUCUACUGGUUCAGCAUCAGGUCAUCGUAGGACGCCUUUACUUUCAGGGACUUGACCCUGCAGGCAGAGAGAGGCCCGCCAGCCCGGCCGUUGCUUGGCAUGCUGACCCCAUGCCGGUCGAGUCUGUGUGGACCUGAGGCUUGUUUACAUUGGCCCCUCCGAUGGACUUUGUCCCAUAGAUUCUGGUCAAGCUGCUAGUUUGUGUGUGUGUGUGUGUGUGUGUGUGUGUGUGUGUGUGUGUGUGUGUGUGUGUGUGUGUGUGUGUGUGUGUGUGUGUUGUGUGUUGAA